UUUUUUAAAUAUUUUAUUAACUUUCCACAAUUUAUAAAAUAAAAUAUGGCUACAGUUAUUACUGAUUCUUGGGUUCAAAUAAGAGAUCCUCAAUUAGAUACGGUAUUUUAUGCUAAUCCAUCAACAGGAGAAUGUUUAUUAGAAAAACCAAGAAAUGUAUCUUUACAUCCAGUAUUAGGAAUAGAAUGGUGGGAAUUAUGGGAUGAUAAUCAUAAUUUACCUUAUUAUUAUAAUACGACUAAUGGUCAAACUGGUUGGGAUUUACCUUCCACUGGAACAAUUAUUCCUUUAAAAAAGAUUCAAAAUUCUUCAAUUGGAAAAAGAUUAUCAGUUGUAUUCGCUCAAGAUGAUGAUACUAUUAUUGAUAUUGGAAAAGAUUCAAAACAAAGAGCUUCGGGUUUAUUAUUAUCUCCUAAUCAUCAUCAUAAUCAUAAUCAUCAACAUGUUGUUCCCCCUUUAAAAAAUUAUAAUAAUCAACAAGAUGAUUUUGUUUUUCAUAAUAAUAAUAAUAUUAAUCAUAACAAUCAUAUUACCAUUAAUAAUAAUGAUGAUUAUAAAAAUUCUACCAUGAACACUUCCGAGAACACUUACAAGAACACUACUAAUAACACUACUAAUAACACUACCAUUAACUCCACAAAUAACUCCUCUAAUAAUACCCCUAAUAAUAUCCCUAAUAAUAUCACAAACAAUACCAUUAAUAAUACUGUUAAUCAUACCACUAAUAAUACUAUUAUUACUACUACUCCUGCUUCUCCUAUAAAAUCUUCAUCACGUGAUGUUGAUUUGAAAAUUGAUCAUUCUAAAAAUUCUUUAAAUUCUUCAAAUACUUUAAUCAAUGACAAUAAUAAUGAUAAAUCAUCACAGGGACAAGUAAAACUUUCAGAAUCGCAAAAUUCUUCAACAUCAACUUCAGCUUCUCGUCCAAUAACUCCACCAAAUGCAGUUAAUAAUGGGAUCGAAUCGUAUGUAAAUAUGCAACAGCAAUCUUUCAAGAUUAUUCCCCCUAAUAAAUCUUCAAUUGCUGCUGAUAAAGCACGUAAAACUGGUAUAAGCAAUCCUGUGGUAAAUUUCGGGGAGGUUAUAACUUUACCACCUGAAUUACAAGAAGAUAUAAGUAAAUUUAGAAUUGAUGGAUUUGCAAGAAAAUAUUUUACUACUCAUAAAAAAGGAAUAUUCAGAAGAAAAGUUCCAGUAGAGAAAAUGUUGUUGUUUCAAAAGGAUUUAAUUAGUCAACCUUUGAUGACACUUAAUACUAAUAUACAAAAAGAUGCAAUAAAGUGUUUUAAGGUCAUUCAACGUAUAAUGGGUGAUCGAUCAAAAGGAAGGAAUGGUCCUAUCAAUGUAUUAGAAGAUAUACAAUGGUUAUUAGAUCGUGGAAUAUCACAUGGAGAAUUAAGAGAUGAAAUUUAUGUACAAAUUUGUAAACAAUUAAAUGAGAAUCCUCAUAGUGAAAGUAUAAGGAAAGGUUGGGAAUUGUUAUGCGUGAUAGCAGUUACAUUUCCUCCCUCAAAAAAUUUCGAAGCAUAUUUAAUGCAAUUUAUUAUGGAACAUUUUACUUAUGCUAAUCAAAUUGAUAUAUUGAGUAAACAUGUACAUAAUCGUCUGACGAAAAUAUGUAAACGUGGUCCACGUGGUAAAGUACUUACAUUAUCUGAAAUUGAGAGGGCUAGAGAAGCACCAUUCCAUCCUUCAGUGUUUGGAGAGACAUUGGAAUUUAUAAUGAAUUUACAAGCAAAAUCUUUCCCACAUCUUAAAAUACCUAGAAUAUUACCAUUUCUUUCAAAUUCUAUUUUAGAAUUAAAUGGUCAAUCUAGCGAAGGAAUAUUUCGUGUACCUGGUGAUGCUGAUUAUGUAACCGAAUUGAAAUUGAGGAUAGAAAAAAAUAGAUAUGACAUGAGCGGUAUAACAGAUCCAAAUGUACCAUCAUCUUUACUAAAACUUUGGUUGAGAGAUUUAGCGGAACCACUUAUACCUAACAAAUUUUAUGAAAAAUGUAUAAGAUAUUCUGAAGAUGCCAGAGCCGUUGAAAUUGUCAAACAAUUACCUUUAAUUAAUCAAAGAGUUGUUGUCUACACUAUUGAUUUCUUACAAAAAUUUGCGAAUCCUCAAAUAGCUAAAAUGACAAAAAUGAAUGUACAUAAUCUAGCUAUGGUAUUUGCACCAAAUUUUUUAAGGUGCCCUUCAGAAAAUUUGGCUGUAAUAUUUGAAAAUACAAAAUAUGAGCAAGCAUUUUUAAGAACUUUAUUAUUAAAUUUGAAUAGCAUAGAUUUUUUUGAUGACGACGAAAAUCUGUCCAUUAGUAGUAAUAAGAAUUACGGAAAAGAUGAAAGUUAUAAUAGACAAUAUAACGGAAAUCAUCGUAUGAAUGGAAAUCAUAAAUUAAAAGAAUAUAAUAAUAGUGAAAAUGGUAACAAUAAUAAUGAUGAAAAUGGAGGUGGUCAACAAUUAAGUUAGUAAAAAAAAAAAAAAAAUGAUAAUUAUUGUAAUGGGAAAUAAUAUCUGGAAUGAAAACCCAUGUAGUCAUUUAUCAUUUUUUUUUUUUUUUCAAAA